AUGAGCAAUAUGGACCAUUCGGGCAGCUCCAGCUCGUCCUCGUCAUCCUCCGGAAUGUCUAUGACCAUGACAUUCAUGAACGCCCACGAUACGCCUCUCUUCGCCACGAACUGGACGCCCUCGUCCAGCGGCUCCUACGCCGGCACCUGCAUCUUCCUUAUCGUCUUAUCGAUCAUUGCCCGGCUGCUGACGGCAUUCAAGGCCGUCAUGGAGACCCAUUGGCUGAACACCCACCUCAACCGCCGCUAUGUCACCAUCGCCGGCAAGACGCCAGAAGUCGGUCGCAUCGAUGCCGACCCCGAAACCAAAUCCGCCUCGCUGGUCACCGCGCAGGGCGUCGAGGAGUCCGUCCGCGUCGUGCGUCGGGUUGCGCGCGAGCCUCUCCCGUGGAGAUUCAGUGUGGAUCUGCCGCGAGCUUUCCUGUUCCUUGUCAUUACGGGUGUAUCAUACCUCCUCAUGUUGGCCGUGAUGACUAUGAAUGUCGGAUAUUUCUGCUCCGUUCUCGCGGGCGCCUUUCUCGGAGAACUUGCCGUCGGACGCUACAUCCAGUUCAACGAGCACGGCCAUUGA